AUGACCCUGGUGGUAGCAGAAGAAGAAAAGCAAGCGCAUCACCUUAGAUCGACCCUUCGGUCGACGGGGGACAGACUCGAUCAGGAAAUGCGCAGGGCAAAGCAGGCUGAAUCCAAAACAGAAUUCGCGGAACUCCGAGUGCGGGAGCUGACUGUACGUGUCAGUGCUGCUGAAACGGGCAAGCGUUAUGCGGAACUCGAUGCUGCGCGUGCCAACGAAGAGAUACGGCGGCAUCUAAUGUGCAUCGAGAGCCUGGAGAAGCAGGUCAAGCAACUUCAGGCUGACGUCCGCGUCUUAGAGAGGCAAAGAAACGAAGCCGAUGACAGCGCAUCACGAGCGCGGGAUACUGCAAGGAAGUUUCAAAUCGAACUUGGCAAGCAGCAGGCAAAGGAGAAAGGCAUUGAAGAAAACGCGAUAUACGGCCGGAAGAAGUGGUUUGUUACUGGGCACAACGAGGGUUGGGAUGCUGGGCACGCAGAGGGCUUUGACGACGGCAGGGAAGAUGGGUUUGAAGAAGGUAGACGAUAUGGCAUCCGUGAAGGACGAGAGUUGGGAUUCAAGCAGGGUCGCAAAAUGGGUCGGAAAGAGGCAUUCGAGAAUGGCCGAGAACAAGGUUGGCACGAAGAACAUGAACGUGCAGUUCGCGCCUUUGACGAAUUCUUUGCUACAGAAGUCGAUGAGAAGGAUUAUACAGUGAGUAUUGACCCGUCACAUCAAUAUUUGGCCAUUGAGACUGCCUGUUUCAUCUUUCCUUCCUUCCUCAUCAUGAGCUUCACGCAACCUCUUUCAUCGCCUGGUCUGGCAAGUGGCCGUCGCAGGCCGAAGAACCUCCCGAGUUUACCUCCGUCUGCGUUCAGCCCACCAAGCACAGGGACUUCUGACAUGUUCCCUUUGCCUCCAACCCCCAGUGCGCUAUUUCCAGGCGAAGUCAUUGACGCAAAUGUGCGCUAUGAGGCAUUUAGUCAUGGUCUUGAUCUGGUUGGCACCGUGGCCACGGGUGUCGUUUUAUUAAAAACCAACCCUUCGGUAUCAGCAGGGUUGCCUUUGGCGGUACAACCUUCGACAUCAGAUGUUCGAGUGCUUUCCGAGGCAGCUCCCUUCGAGCUUGGUGGUCCCAUCCCAUCGGAUUAUCCAGAGCCAUCUGGAAUUCCCCAGCAUCUUCACACCUCAUACGCAGAUGCGCAUGAGGCUCCAGAAGCUAGAUCCCAAGUUAUCGAGACUUUGAAAUGGGCAUUCUCAAACAGCCGUCUUAUCGAUAUUGACGUUCAAAGUGACGUCAUGUCGAAUGCCGCAAAGUAUGAAGUGUUUGAGGGCAUUCUCGUGAAAGCCACAAACGAUAUUCCUGGAGACAAGAAGGUCCCCAUUGUCCUUUCCAAUAUAUUACCGCCGCCGCACGACCUAAGCGUGCCGAUCGUCAAGCUCCUCGCCGAUCCGAGUUAUCGCAAUUACCAAGCACACUCUGCAUCCCUGUCAUUGUUUCCGAAUCUCUAUGUGAAGUUUACGCCCCCCAUGUGGAAUCAACCCGUACCAGGUCCCGGAGAUCCAACUUCAGAAAUGGACCAACAUCGUGAAUGGAAACGAAAGAUCAAGAUGUUCAUUGGACCGGUGCUGGAAGCAUUUGGCUACGAACGUAUUAUUUUUGGAACUUCGCCUUCCUUUGCUAUACCCUCGCUCCCCAACCCUGAGGACUGGUUUGCGCUUGUGCGGGAGUCAUUUGCAGAGCUUGCAGUGGAGCAGGAGGCGAUUGAUGCAAUCUUUAGUCUAAAUGCAAAAAGGAUUUACGGACCUUGAUAAUGGCAUUGCAGCUACUGACUGUGUACAAAUAUUCCCCAUUUUCAUUUUCAUUUUCUUGGACUGGUUUUCGUAAUUGAACGAUAUCAUGUAUGGGUAGAAACAAACAACGUGUCGACGUCGGACAUUGACAGAGUGUAA